AAAUUUAUGAUGCGGCACUCUUUUGCUCUCAGGAGGCAAUAUCGGCCAUACUACAAUCUCCCCUCGAAAUCAGAACAUGGCCGCAAAAUGACUGGGUUCCUCACUCCAUAUCGUCAUUGGAUGUGGAAGCAGAACGAGCUUUGGCGCAAUGUGCACGAAGCACAGUUUGAACAUCUUCGCAAAGUAUACAAACGCCAAUGGUUGGAGUCCUUCCGUGUCAACGCAAAUGAAUAUAUAUAUAAGUACAACAUUACGAAAGCAGCCCAGUUAGCGCAGUGGGAGUUUGAAAUGCAAGCACAGGAAAAGAAACGAGUAGAAAACCAGCAACUCGCACACAGUAGGCAGGCCCUCAAGAAGAAGCACUUGGAUCUGUUGCGCGAGUUCCACGAGCGGCAAUUUUUCUAUUGGUACGAGCGCGCAAGCGAGCGGCUUCAGUACAUGGAGUAUAUUAACUAUGUUCCUCAGGCUAACUUAGCCGAGCAUCUUGAGAGCGAAUUAGACAAGUACGUCGCAGGGUCCAAAAAAUCAUAUCCCCUCAACUUUGCGGGGCAGCUGCCGAUGUUAGAAGAUCGCGCGGGUAACAUUGCUCAAGUCCCGAGAACACUGAUGUCCCAUCACACCACUGAAAACCAGGACUCAGGUGCAACAAUGUACCAGGCUCCACAAGGUACGAAACUUGCCGAGGAGCGCCUAUUGGAAAUAAUGGCAAGUGCGCAUGAGGAAAACUUACAAUUGCAAGCAGAUGAGUCCCAGGCGUUUUCAGCCGCUAUGGAAGACAUAGACCGUGAGGAAGAAGAGAAAGAUUCGGACCGGAAGGUUGCCCCGAGCAUGGAGGAGAGUUCUGAAGAGCGGGAGAUAAACCGACGGGCCUAUAUCGAUCGUGGCAAAAUUGGAUCACGAUCUAUUAUUCGUCGUCCUCGCUUAGAUGAUGAUGCUACUAACCCUAAUAUAUCGAGCCCAACUCCGAUGAAACGGCGAAGCAAAAAUGACAAAUUGCAUUUAGAGCAAGCCAAGCAGGAUGCAAUUGACGCGCAGCUUCAGGCAAGAUUUUUGAAACCGGAUGUUGAUUUAGGCAGUGCUCCUAAACGCGGUGAAGUGGGAGGGCAUCGCGGUCGAUUUCGUGACAAGGUACGUAUUCCUACCCUAGAGGAAUUAUCCAAAGAUUCCGUAUUGCAGAAGACCAGUACCCCGGGGCGAAACGUACGCACUCAAGAAUAUCUGGACAAGCGGUACGGACGCGGGAAAUACAAAUCAUCGAAACCGAAUUCGACCGAAGAACUGUAGAAAAUUUGCCUGCGUCACCUUAAAA